AUGGCCUCCUCCGCCUCCCGCGACGCCGCCACCUUCCAGCUCUACCGGCCCAUGGCAAUGCCGACGCCCAUGCCCCAGACGAUGGCAAUGCCCUUCUCGUCGGAGCCCGCGGACACCGUGGUGCCCGCGGUGCCGGCGCCGAGGAAGGCGGGCGCGGCCAAGGGCGCCAAGGACCGGCACAGCAAGGUGAACGGGCGCGGGCGGCGCGUGCGGAUGCCGAUCGUGUGCGCGGCGCGCGUGUUCCAGCUCACCCGCGAGCUGGGGCUCAAGUCGGACGGCCAGACCGUGGAGUGGCUGCUCCGGCAGGCCGAGCCGUCCAUCCUGGCCGCCACCGGCUCCGGCACCACCCCCGCCGUCUUCUCCUGCUCCUCCGCGCCCUCCACGUCCGCCGUCUCCCUCCUCGGGAUCGGGAGCAAGCGCCCGCGCGAGGACCAUGACCAGCAGGCGCCGUCGUUCUGGGAGGCGCUGCAGGCCCGGCCCGUGCCCGUGCCCUGGGGCAUCUCCCCGUCGCAGGAGGCGCAGGCGUACGCGUCGUCGGUGGUGGUGGCGCAGGGGCACCACCACCACCACCUGAACCUGCUCUCCGCGCUCACCGGCGCCACCAGGCGGCCGGAGGAGGAGUCCCGGUGA